AUGCCCAAAAUGAAAUUCUUAUUGCGACAUUUGGUUGAGAAGCAUCGUAUAGGACAACAUGCAGCUAAUAAGUUAGUCAAGGAAUUGAAUGUUGUUAUAUAUGCCGAGGAUCAUCCCUUAUCACCUAAUCCACAAGGAAAUAUCUCCGGUAUCAUUUAA